AUGACUACUAUACGCAUCCUUAUUGAUGUUGUAUCUGUUAGUCAAUGGUAUAUUUCUCAAAUGGGUGUUAAAAAUGCUUUUCUAAAUGGUGGUCUUCAAGAGGAAGUUUAUAUGGUACCCCCAGAAGGUGUUUCUCAUAAUCAAGGGGAAUUAGCCGAACAGUUUGAGAUGAAGGACUUAGGAACUCUUUGGUACUUCUUGGGAAUUGAAGUUGCUUACUCUCAUAGAGGCUAUAUUCACUCUCAAUCCAAGUAUAUUGUCAACAUUCUUGAACAUACUCGCCUUUCUGAUACUAGAGUAGUAGAUAGUCCUCUUGAGUUGAAUGUAAAAUAUGAUUCAUCUGAUGUUGUUCCUCUGUUAGAUCACACCUUAUAUUGUACUUUGAUUGGAAGCUCGGUGUACCUUAUAAUUACUAGACCAGAUAUUACUUAUGUUGCUCAUAUUGUUACUCAAUUUGUUGUCUCUUCUACUACAGUGCAUUGGGAAUCCAUUCGUCGCAUAUGUCGUUAUCUUUGA